ACAUAACUUUGCAGCAUGACAGCAUCACACAAAUCAAACACAACAUCAGGGAGGUGGGAGAACUGGGAAAAGGGAUUGGAUGCCGGAUCUGGAAAAAACAGAGUCACAAGCAAGUCUGUAGAGCCGCAGAAACACAACACAAAGCCUACACAGCACAGCAACAUGGGAGAUCAAAAGAUGAGAAGCAAGCGUAUUAAUGGGUUGAAUGAGCACUUGUCUGGAAUCAAAGAGUUGAUCUGGAAAUCCCUAGAGGCCAGGAAAUUUGCCUACUGCCCCUACAGCAAGUUCAGAGUCGGGGCGGCACUCCUGACACACGACGGGACGGUUUUCACAGGCUGUAAUGUGGAAAACGCGUGCUUCUGCUUGGGCAUCUGUGCUGAGAAAACUGCCAUCUCAAAGGCCGUCUCACAUGGCUACAGGGAUUUCAAAGCCAUUGCCAUCGCUAGUGAUAUGUGUGAGCAGUUCGUUUCUCCCUGUGGAGGCUGCAGGCAAUUCAUGAGAGAGGCAAGUUUCAUUUAACAUAGUAGUUCAUGUCAUUGAAACAAGCAGCAUCCUCAAGUUUCAUUAAACAUGUUAUUUUGGUUUUCACCUCAACAGUUCGGUGCAAACUGGAACGUGUAUUUGUCCAAACCUGACGGUUCCUAUGUGGAGAUGACUGUUGAGGAACUGCUGCCUGCGUCUUUCGGUCCAGAGGAUUUAAAAAUGAAGAAAGUGAAUAUUCGGAACGAGGUUUAGACGAUAC